AUGGAUAAAAAUGCUGCUGGAACACUACAACGGUUUGUACCUAGUAAAAGUACACGGUAUAGGUUAAGAAAGCAAGCUAAGUUAUUAAUUUCUUCUUCUUUGAAUAAAAAUACAGCUAUAUCAAAUCCAUCAAGUACAACUUAUGAUACAAAUAUUGAUUCUGUAUCAAAUAUAGAACAAAAUAAUUCUCUUCAUCAAAAUAUUUGUGAAAAUAAUUUAAUCAUAGAUAAUCUUAGUGAGUCCUCUGAAAGUUUAUGUAGCACUUUGUUGAGUUCUGAGAUAGAUGAAGUUUCUGAAUCUGAUUGUGAAGAGUUAUUCGACUUAAACUUAAUUAUAGCCACCUGGGCUAUAAAGCACCAGAUUCCUCAUAUUGUACUCAAUGAUUUACUAAAAAACUUAAGAAAAAGUUCACAAUUCAAUAAUUUACCAAAAGAUGCACGUACUCUUUUAAAAACUCCUACGACCACAACAGUAAAAAAUAUUGAUGGUGGUGUUUAUCAUCAUUUUUCAAUCAAAGAAGAAGUAAAAUUACUAAUGAAAUAUUGUGAUUUACCACUAAAACUAAAUUUAAUAGUUGGAAUUGAUGGACUCCCUAUUACCAAAAAUCCUCCUAGUAGCCUUUGGCCUAUUUUAGGGCAUUUUUCAAAUUUAGAUAUUCUUAAACCAAAUGUUUUUAUAAUUGGGGCAUUUUAUGGAAAAAGUAAGCCAACUGAUGCAAAUGAAUUCUUAUCAGAUUUUGUUUUUGAAUUAAAAGACAUUUUAUCUAAUGGUAUUAUAAUUGAUGAUAAACAUUUUUCUCUAGAAGUCCAUGCUAUACUGUGUGAUGCCCCAGCAAAAUCAUUUGUUCUCAAAGUACAGGGUCAUACUGGUAAACACUCAUGUGUUCGUUGUACAACUGUUGGAAUUAGAGACGAAGGGCGUAUUUGUUUUCCUGACUUAGAUGCUCCUAUUAGAUGCCAUGAAAGUUAUUUAGACUGUAAUGAUGACCAAUUUCAUUUAGGAAAAUCUAUUUUAUCAGAAAUUCCCAAAUUAAAUUUAGUAACAUCCAUACCGUAUGAUUACAUGCAUUUAGUAUGUAUUGGUGUUACUAAAAAGUUGAUUACAUUUUGGGUUAAUAGUAAACAUAAACAUGCCUUACCUAAAUCUCAUGUUAAUGAAUUAGACAAAAUAAUGAAUUCUUUAAAAUAUUUCAUUCCUCAAGAAUUCCAAAGAAGGCCUUCUGAAAGUUCAAGAUUACACCCAUUUCACGAUAUCAAUCGAUGGAAAGCUACAGAGUUGAGGCAAUGCCUACUAUAUACUGGAUUUGUUAUUUUCUUAGGACAUGUUAAAGAGGAAAUUUAUAGUAACUUUGUCAUUUUAUCAGUAGCUAUUCGUAUAAUUUUAACUGAACAAGUUACUUUGGAGUAUUACGACUAUGCAAAAUCAUUACUUAGACAUUUUGUUGAAUCAUUCCAAUCAAUUUAUGGAAAGGCAUACAUAUCCCAUAAUAUUCAUGCUUUAAUCCAUAUUGCAGAUGAUGCUAAAAAAUAUGGCUCUUUAAAUAAUUUUUCUUGUUUUCCAUUUGAAAAUUUUAUGCAACCUAUAAAAAAACAAAUUAGAAGUGGAAUGAAGCCACUUCAACAAUUAGUGCAUAGGUAUGCUGAAGAAAAAGCUAUUCAAAUUACUAAUUUUAAUAAAAAUUCAACUUUUAGUACACAUAAUGGACCCUUAAAAUGUCGUUUAACAAACCAAAACAGACCUUUGAUUUCUGAAGUACAAAACCCACAAUUUACUGGUUGGCGUCUAUCAAAUAUGAUUUUAAAGUUAAAUAGUGCAGAUAAUUGUGUACAAUUAAUGAAGGGUGGUAUUGUUGUAAUAGAAAAUAUUGCUACGUCCUCCGUAACUAAUGAUAUUAUGAUUGUAGGCCGCGAAUAUGAAAAUGUUGGUUCAUUUUUUAACUUUCCUUGCAAUUCAUCAAUUUUAAAUAUUUAUAAAGUCGAUAAUUUAGGACCACUCAGAUGUUGGAAAUUAACAGAUAUAUUUAAAAAAAUGGUUAGGUUGCCCAUUAACCAAUCAGAUGACGACAAAUCAAUGCUUAUUCUACCUUUUGUACAUUCACAGUAA